AUGUCUCCAAUCACAGGAUCGGCCAUUUACAAGAAAAAGGCCGGAAUGAUCACCGUCUACGAGGAGGAGUCUCCCCCGCGCAUUUUGUGGAAAUGUAUAGACGCCGGCGUGGCUCCCCCGGUGGAGAUCAUGCUGGAUAGUGUGGUCACUUUACAAGCCUCUCGUAAAGAGUCUCCCAAGAUGUUGUUGGUGAUCGGCAUUGGGAAGUCGCCAGACAACAAGACAGACGUUACGUUUGCAUUUAAUAGUCGUGUUACGAUGGAUAACGUGAAAACUGUGUUGCAGCAGACCAUAGCGCGCCGAAAGUCCGCCGCCGCUGCAGAUGCCAGUUUAGCGGCCUCAGCAAAUUCCGAUGGAUCAGGCGCUUCGGGCACCAGCUCCCCCGCUCCUAUGGACACCCAUACAGAAGAGUUCUUGUCGGGUAUGCUGGAUGAGAACAACUUGCUGAAAAACCUUACUUUGCAACAGAAAUUGCUCAGAGACAAUCCAACAUUAAUGAAAACAUUUGCAGAGGCUGUGAUCAAGUCAGGAUUGAGUCCUGAGGAGUUCUGGUCUACGAGAGUGCAUUUAUUGAGAUCGUAUGCUAUUCAAACCAACCAGAAACGAGGUCCUUACAAUGUGUUGAGUACUAUUAAGCCUGUUGCCUCGAGUGAGAACCAGGUGAAUGUUUCCGUGACUAGAGAAAAGAUCCACGAGAUUUUCCAGCAGUACCCAAUUGUCCGCAAAGCGUAUGACGACAAUGUUCCAAAAAUGAGUGAGGGUGAGUUCUGGUCUCGGUUUUUCUCUUCUAAACUGUUUCGCAAGUUGCGCGGAGAGAAGGUCAAUUUGUACGACCGUGGAGACAUCACUUUGGACAAGUAUUUAUUCUACGAUCCUGACUACGAUGGAGAAGAGGAGGACGCUGAUAUUGAUAAACUCCUAGAGGAGAAGAAAGAGGAGGAUGGUCUUCGCAAGAGAAGAAACUCGGAGCAGUUGACGUCCGCUAAAAAGAAGGUGAAACUAUUCACAGAGCAAGGGAAAGAAGUUCCUAAGUUUAUUGACAUUCGCGCUAACGAGGAAGACGAUUCUGGAAAACUGGGUAACGGACCCGAUAUCACAAUGAAAGAAAACCAGAACGACGAGCUUGUGAGUGUCAUGAGAUCUAUGAACAGGCUUUCACGUCGUAUGAUGCAGAACAUCAAAGACAACACCAAUACUGAGCAAGAAUUUGAGCAAGAGCUUGACUUGAAGGACCUUGAGAACGCAAAUACAGUGGAAUAUAAUCAAUUGGAGUACACACAACGGUCGAAUCUGUCCUCUAACAUUCUUCCAGCAGACCUGUUGGAGAAAUUUAACUCACAGUCGCCGCUCAAUCCAACUCCUGCAAUUUAUGACGAAUACAUCAAAAAGCUAAAGAGCGAGCUUAACGAGGUGGAUCUCACGACAGUUUAUGUCGACAACAAGAAGCCAUUGUUGGAUACUUACAAAGAGGUGUUAAAUGUCAUUAAGAAAAAUGCUAAAAGUCAGGCCUGGACACUUAAUUUGGAAGCCACUGUUGAAAAACAGGACGUGGAUGUGGAUCUUCCGCGUGAUAAGCUAGAGAGCUUGAGACUUACUCAUUCCACCAGUGUUGAGUUCCUAAGACAUUUCUGGCUUCAUUACAACUCGAUUGGAACCUCCUCUCCAUCCACGAACCCAAACUUCCGUGCCGAGCUUUUGCAACUGAAAAAGCUGUACACAAGUAUUACCAAAUGUUUAGAACGAGUUCAGGCCAACGUUUCGCAGAUGGACGAGGCCGACUCCAAACUGGGUAAACUUUUGAUGGAACCCUUGAUCAAAUCGUUGACCAGUGCUUUACAGAGUUACGAAGCAGCAAUAGUUGGAUGA